CGGCCUACAGGUUGCCUUUCUGGAGUAUUUGUCCCAACAGGAGAAAAUUCUUGAGUGCUAGAGGUUGACAUGGAGAAACUCUGGUCCACAGUUUGUGCACUGAUUUUUGUAUUUGGUGCAUUUGCACACUUCACCACAGUGCUGUCUGCGAGGGCCGAUGGCAAAGUAACAGCGACUCUUCCAAAACCAGGCCACUGCCCCCGUCGCCUUAAUGUUGUCCCAUCACAUAAAGGGUGUGUGUGUGAUGAAGACUGUCCAGCAGACCACAAAUGCUGUGUCUUUGACUGUGGAGCUGUCUGUGUCCCUCCCGCUUUCACAAAACCAGGAGUGUGCCCUCGCAGGCGCUGGGGCUCGGGGCCGUGUGCCGAGUUCUGCUCCAACGACAGCGACUGCCCCACUAAUGAGAAGUGCUGCCACAACGGAUGCGGGCAUCAAUGCAUUGCACCGUACACAGUGAAGCCGGGCCGCUGCGCUCUGCCCCAGGCCACCCCCAUGUGCGCCGAGUACUGCUAUCACGACGGUCAGUGUCCAGGAGAGCAAAAGUGCUGCAAGACAACCUGCGGCCAUGCCUGCAGUGAACCCUGCUGAUGCGACAGUCAGCAAACUGGACUGCACCGCACUUGCUCUGUGAGACGUACUAGUGUAUAUUUUUUUUGGGGCUGUUUCUUCUUUCACGUGAGAAUGUGGAGAAUUUUGUCAGACGGCUUUCGUUUUGUAUCUCUACCAAUAAAUAUAUUCCAUACCCUGUA